AUGUCUCCCGGAGACUUGUUGACGGAGAUCGCAUCUUUCAAGAGAUACUCCGAUGCAGACAGACCACCAGGAACACCUCGCCUCAAUCUUUUUAUCAACUCAGAAACCACAUCGCACGCCCACGACACCUACUAUCGCGUUGAGUUUACAAUCAACCGCGCUAAAGAUGACCCAGAGAGACGACCAUUUAUCAUCCACUGGGAUCCCAUCGAAGACGGAUUCAGCCAGUCUGCCCUGAUACUUCGUUGCCGUUCAGCUUUCCAGCCAGAAAAAGGCUUUGAGGUUCUCGAUAUUGACACGUCCGAACUGCCCACUAAAUCCCUUCAUCCUAGGGAAGUGUCCACCAAAGACCCUUUCUUCAAGCAGUUUGAACCCGGCACCAGCGCCUCCUGGUCCGUGGAUUUGCCAUCUGUCUAUUUCGACGCCCGACGCUCAAUGAAUGGCUACCACCUCAUCUGGGUAGGCGGACAGAUUCCCUUGUGGGAUUGGGGGACGCUAGCGGAAUAUAGCGAAUCACGUCGCCGGCUCGCUCCAAAGUCACCUGCGAUAGUACUUCCCAAUGGAGCAUUCCAGUCAUUCACGGUUAUCGACGAUGAAAGCGAUCUUGAAGAUGACGUGGGAGAAUGGGGUUCAUCGCCGCGACCGAUGUCCCCGUCUGCUCGGGUACCGGACUCUCCGGUACUGAGUAUGCAAAUUGCUGGACCUGAAACGCUAUCCGUGAAAGAUCGAUCGCUCCAAGGGAGACUUCACUAUCCUGUUACCGUUAUGAUCUCAUAUGACGCAGCGCCAGGCCCAGAUAAUGACAAGAAGCCGAUCGUAUUCCACGCGUCCAUCUUCAAUAUUAUGGACAGUCACUAUCAUGGGUUCCGGCUCUAUGUUAAAGACAAUGAUGAGUGGAGGGGCCACAAUGUGAAUGGAGAGCUCCUACACCACGUCUACAGCUCUCCACCUGAGCUGGUAUGUGUUGGUCAGAAUAAACGGAAUGAAUUUCAGACCUUGAUGCCUGGUGAGUCUUGGUCGUUUACACGGACUGUGAGCGAUUUCCCGAAGAACUUUGCGCCCGGGGAUCGGUUUCGGUACGGGUUCAAUGGAGCUCCUCUUAGCUGGUGGGAUUGGGGCAAUUUUCACGAUCACAACGAUACUCUCGUUGCGGCUGGAGAGAUAAAUGUUGCUCGCCCGAUAGACAAUGAUGGUAGGCCUGAGCUUGUGGUGCCGGCUAGUAACUGGGUUGAGUUUACAUUGGUUGAAUGA